AUGAGCACCUCCAGUCAGGUGACCAAGUUGUACCGCACAGUUGUCGAUGACGUGACCAACAAUGUCAAGGAGGCUUUUCUCGAUGAAGGUGUUGAUGAGCAGAUCCUACAGGAGUUGAAACAGCUGUGGGAGACCAAGCUAGCAGCCUCCAAAGCUCUAGAGCCACCCGCGCCAACAGACCAUGACAUCAUCGUCACGCCCCAGAAUGUGUCUGUCAUGUUGCCGCAGCCAAUCCAAACCAAAACACAAGAACAAGGAAUCCUUGGACAGUCUAGCCAACACCAGGGAGGCACACAAUACCAGAUGUCUCAAGCUGCAGCGACAGCCUCCAUGGCGCUCCCAGCUGGUUUGUUUCAGCAACAGUUGGCAGCAUUGUCUUCCAACGGCCAGCUACAGAACAUCACCGUCCAACAGACAGGGAACGGCCAAUACAUCACUUUAUCGGGUAUCCCCUCCCAGCAGCUGUCUCAUCUCCAGCAACAUCAGCUGCAGCAGCCGCAGCUGGCCCAGAACUUAGCCUCACACAUCUUACAGCCGCAGCAGAUACACCUGGCCCAACAGCCCAUCCGGUUGCAGCAACAGCCUAUCAGGUUGCAGCAGCAGCAGCAACAGCAGCCUAAGUUAAUACAGGCCAGCCAGCUUCUUCAGCAACAGGGUCAGGUUACUCUAACAUCCCAACCUAAACCACAAGGG